CGUUUGAUUGACGUAGGGAGGAAAAAGACAAGAUCGGAUUACAAGAUGGCGGUCUCUGGAUGAUAGUGAAGAGGCCGUCGUAGUUGUUGUGUUUUUAACGGUGAAUUGUACAGUUAGCUAGCUAGAAAUCCGGCAUUCUGCGGGGGAAAUAAUCAUCAUCGUAAUAUGCUCGUGAAUUAGCUUUACGUUUUAGCACAUUAUUGCAAAACAUGCGGGUAGAAACAAAGUUUGAAGUUCGGGGAUAAGAAAAUAGCUAGGCAACUAUUUGAAAUAGUGAACCAGUGGCUAGCUAACGUUAGAUUGUUAGCUUUUCCGUUCAAGGUAACCAUGUCGGAUACUCGGCGGCGUGUGAAAGUAUAUACGCUGAAUGAAGACCGACAGUGGGAUGAUAGGGGCACAGGACAUGUCUCGUCUACCUUUGUCGAACGACUGAAGGGAAUAUCAUUAUUAGUUCGGGCCGAAUCCGACGGCUCACUUCUUCUGGAGUCUAAAAUCAGCCCAAAUACUGCAUAUCAGAAACAACAAGACACCCUGAUUGUGUGGUCCGAAGCAGAGAACUAUGAUCUGGCCCUGAGUUUUCAGGAAAAAGCUGGCUGCGAUGAAAUCUGGGAAAAGAUCUGUCAGGUGCAAGGGAAAGACCCUGCGCUGGAGAUCACCCAGGACCCCAUCGAUGAGUCUGAGGAGGAGCGCUUCGAGGAGAUGCCAGAGACCAGCCACCUGGUGGAGCUGCCUCCAUGCGAACUGGCCCGGCUAGAGGAGAUCGCUGACCUUGUGACCUCUGUCCUGUCCUCGCCCAUCCGCCGGGAGAAGCUGGCCCUGGCCCUUAUGAGCGAAGGUUACAUGAAGAAGCUGCUGCAGCUCUUCCAGGUGUGCGAGGACCUCGACAACCGGGAGGGCCUACACCAUCUGUAUGAGAUUAUACGUGGAGUGUUGUUCCUCAACAAGGCGGCUCUAUUCGAGGUCAUGUUCUCGGACGACUGUAUCAUGGAUGUGGUUGGAUGUCUGGAGUUUGAUCCGUCGCUGGUGCAGCCUAAAAAGCACCGGGAGUUCCUCACCAAGACGGCCAAGUUCAAGGAGGUAAUCCCCAUCACGGACUCAGAGCUGCGGCAAAAGAUCCACCAGACGUACCGGGUGCAGUACAUCCAGGACAUCAUCCUGCCCACACCUUCUGUCUUCGAGGAGAACUUCCUUUCCACCCUCACAUCCUUUAUUUUCUUCAACAAGGUGGAGAUAGUCAGCAUGCUGCAGGAGGAUGAGAAGUUCUUAACUGAAGUCUUUGCACAGCUAACGGAUGAAGCGACAGAUGACGGUAAAAGGCGGGAACUAGUGAACUUUUUCAAAGAAUUUUGUGCUUUUUCACAAACCUUGCAACCGCAAAAUAGAGAUGCUUUCUUCAAGACUCUGGCGAAUCUAGGCAUUCUUCCUGCUCUUGAAAUAGUCAUGGGUAUGGACGACCUGCAGGUGAGGGCUGCAGCCACAGAUAUCUUCUCCUAUCUGGUGGAGUUCAGCCCCUCCAUGGUCCGGGAGUUUGUUAUGCAGGAGCCACAGCAGACUGAUGAUGAUGUGCUGCUGAUCAACGUGGUGAUAAAGCAGAUGAUCUGUGACUCGGACCCUGAGUUGGGUGGUGCUGUGCAGCUUAUGGGGCUUCUACGCACAUUGAUCGACCCAGAGAACAUGCUGGCCCCCACCAAUAAAACAGAGAAGACUGAGUUCCUCAGCUUCUUCUACAAGUACUGCAUGCAGGUCCUCACAGUCCCUCUAUUGGCCAGCACUGUAGAUGAGAAGAACUGUAAAGAUCUGCAAGAGGGGUCCACCAAGAUCAACCCAGUGUGUCCUGAUAAUUUCCAGACAGCCCAACUCCUGGCUUUGAUACUGGAGCUGCUGACGUUCUGUGUAGAGCACCACACGUACCACAUAAAGACCUACAUUAUGAACAAGGACCUGCUGCGACGAGUUCUGGUGCUAAUGAACUCUAAACACACCUUCCUUGCGCUGUGUGCUCUGCGCUUCAUGAGGAGGGUAAUUGGGCAGAAGGAUGAGUACUACAACCGCUACAUUGUCAAAGGGAACCUGUUUGAGCCAGUCAUCAACACUCUGCUGGACAAUGGAACUAGAUACAACCUCCUAAACUCAGCCAUCAUUGAACUCUUUGAGUUCAUCAAAGUGGAGGAUAUCAAGUCCCUCAUAGCACACAUUAUAGACAACUACUACAAAGCACUUGAAUCCAUUGAAUACGUCCAGACUUUUAAGGGCUUGAAGGGCAGAUAUGAGCAGGAGAAGGACCGACAGACUCUGAGACUCAACAGAUAUCGUAGGGAUGCCCGAACGCUGGACGAGGACGAGGAUGAGGAAAUGUGGUUCAAUGAAGAUGGUGAGGCUAUUGAGAAAAGCAGGCCUGAGGAAGAGUUCCCAGAGAGCUAUGAAAAGUAUAUGGAAGCAAAAAAAGUUAAAGAGAGUGACAACAAAGAGAACUUCCCAAAGCGGACCCCAACUGGCAGCUUUAAGUUUACCUUCUCUCAUUCUGCAGGGGCUGCCAACGGAACCAACGGUGCCAACUGCAAGCCAGCCACCUCGCCCACCUCUGCCGCCAGUCCCAACGGCUCCCCCGCCAAGUCGGCAACGCCACCCGCCACCCCGGUAGUCAAGACUGCGAUGGUCGGCCUUGUAGACUACCCUGAUGAUGAAGACGAGGAGGACGAAGAUGAAGAGCAGUCCCCACGGAAACGGCCCCGUCUGGGCUCAUAAGCCAGUGAAGUCCCUUGGUCUUGGUCCGCUGUGCCACUGUCACAGUCCACUGGACAGAGACCACUCCCGCCGUCCUACCCUUCCAGCCUGCUCCUACGCCCCCCCUACCUGGCCUGUGGACCAGAGAGGUUGAUCAGUGCCAAGGUUUCUCUGAUGCUCCGGCAGGGACGCAGCACUUCACGCAAACCUCAGCCGCUCUACAAAAGGGGGAGCAGGGGCUAACGGGAGAGCCAGUCAGGCUAGCAGGACUAGCCGCUUAGUAAUGGAAGCUUGAUUGGCUGACCCCAUAGAACUGUUAAUUUGGGUUGGGUGGAGAGAACUAGGCAAAAUGAGGGUUAACAAAAAAAAACUAACCAACAGAAAACAAAGUUGCUUAGUUGCGAGGAGCAGGACUCAACCGUCGAAGCUGGGGCUGCAUCGCCGAGGCUCACACACACCUACAUCAGCCAGGAGUCCUGUAUUCAUGAGUUUAUUAAAAGUACUGUACAGUUAUUUUUCUUUUUAAUAAUUUGCCCCUUAAGUGAUUUUAAAAGGGUAGAGCUAUACCUGCCAGUGUAUUGCUUUUGCACAAAUGGUGGGAUCACUGUUCACCCUUUUAAUUCAAUUAUUUGAUUCAUUGUAUAAAGCAAGAGUUGCAAUGCUGGUUUUAAAAUAACAUGUAUUAAACGGCAGUAAAGUCACUUUUGCAGCCCACUGAGAA